AUCAACGCCACGCAACGAACUGCCAGCACAAAAGUUUUCUGUUUUAUACAAAAAAUCCCUGAACUUUCAUUUCAGCCCCUACUCCCUCCUCUUCCUUCGUCGCGAAGAUAAUCGAUCAGGUCUACUCUCUUCGCUUCUUCUCUGAUGAGUGAAUCGUCAACGAUGCAGGAAGGGGAAUCGCACGAUUUGUCCGAUGAUGCCGAUUAUGCGGCGUCUCAACAGCAGGGAUCAACAAGUAUUUCACAGAAUGGUAGUGGGGGAAGAACUGUAAUGAAUGAAGCUGACAGAGCUCAAGUUGUUUAUCAGAAGGAUAAUGUAACAAUUCAUCCAACCCAAUAUGCAUCUGAAAGGAUAAGUGGACGGCUACGACUAAUCAAGCAAGGUUCUUCUCUUUUCAUGACAUGGAUUCCUUACAAAGCGACUCCAAGUGGGAAUGAUUUAACAAGACAAAAUUCAAAUGUUAGGUCAGCUGAGAGAGAUAGGAAUCUAUAUACAAUUAGGCCUGUGCCAUUCACUGAUGUACGAUCCAUACGACGACAUACUCCUACCCUUGGUUGGCAAUACAUAAUUGUUGUAUUAUCAUCAGGACUUGCAUUUCCUCCUCUAUACUUCUACAAUGGUGGUGUUCGUGAGUUCCUUGCUACAUUAAAAGAACAUGCUUUUCUUGUGAGGUCUGCAGAUGAUGCAAAUGCUUUUCUUGUGAACGAUUUUCAGGAUCCUCUCCAGAAGAGCUUGUCUUCUUUGGAGUUGCCAAGGGCUGUUUCUGUUGCAAAUAGUCCAUCAACACUUGUUCCAGCAAGUCCAUCUCCUUUUGCUGAAAGCUCAGGGAGGACUGACAGGGAUUCAUGUGAUGGAAGUCCAAGUGCGUCUCUAUAUAGUGAGAGGAGCAGGCAAAAGGUUCAUGAUCCUGCUCAUGAUCUCUCAAUUCAAGUACUAGAGAAAUUUUCACUUCUGACAAAGUAUGCUCGCGAAACAACAUCACAACUCCUUCGUGAAAUUCAUGGCGACAACUAUGGUGCUUUUGAAAGAAAGAAUGAGUUUCAGUCACUUCCAAGUAGUGUUCAUGAUGGAAGGUCUAAUGACAUAGUAAAAGUUCCAGAUGAAGCUCCUGUGGCUUCUGAUCCCCUGGAGACCUCUGCCCUUGUUAAACAGAAAAUUCCAUGUAAGAAACAAAACCAUGGUGAAGAAGCUGCCACCAAAGUGGGAACUUUUGAGCUUGUCAAUUGUAAGGAGUUUGAUAAGUUGGCACUUGUGUGGGGGAAACCACGACAGCCUCCUUUAGGACCUGAAGAGUGGACCACUUUUUUGGAUUCUGAAGGAAGAGUUAUGGAUUCAAAGGCUCUAAAAAAGAGAAUAUUUUAUGGGGGAAUUGAGCAUGAACUACGGAAUGAGAUAUGGAAAUUUUUGUUGGGGUACCAUAAAUAUGAUUCAACAUAUGCUGAGAGGGAGUAUCUUGCUUCAAUUAAAAAAUCAGAAUAUGAGACAAUAAAGCACCAGUGGCAGAGCAUCUCUCCAGCACAGGCUAAAAGGUUUACAAAGUUCAGGGAGAGGAAAGGCCUUAUUGAGAAGGAUGUGGUAAGAACCGAUAGAUCUAUUUCUUUCUACGAUGGAGAUGACAAUACAAAUGUGGCGCUUUUACAUGACAUACUUCUGACGUACUCAUUCUACAACUUUGAUCUUGGUUAUUGUCAAGGUAUGAGUGAUCUCUUGUCUCCAAUAUUAUAUGUAAUGAAGGAUGAAUCUGAGUCAUUUUGGUGUUUCGUUGCGCUGAUGGAGCGUCUUGGUCCCAAUUUUAACCGUGACCAAAAUGGAAUGCAUUCCCAGCUCUUUGCAUUAUCAAAGCUGGUGGAGUUGCUAGACAGUCCAUUGCACAAUUAUUUCAAGCAAAAGGAUUGCUUGAACUACUUCUUUUGUUUUCGCUGGGUUCUUAUACAAUUCAAGAGGGAAUUUGAAUACGAGAAAAUAAUGCUCUUGUGGGAGGUACUUUGGACACAUUAUUUAUCUGAACAUCUUCACCUGUACGUAUGUGUUGCAAUCCUGAAGAGAUACCGCAAGAAGAUAAUGGGAGACCAGAUGGACUUUGACACGGUCUUGAAGUUCAUUAAUGAGCUAAGUGGCCAUAUUGAUCUUGAUGCAACUCUCAAGGAUGCAGAGGCUCUGUGCAUGUGUGCAGGCGAGAACGGUGAAGCUUGCAUUCCACCUGGGACCCCGCCAUCCUUGCCCAUUGAAGACACUGGUUCACUGUACCCUCAACAAGAUGAUGACUAAAAAAAUACCUGUUCUUUGGAAGGUCGCUCUGUGUAGUAUCCUGAAAGAAUAUACGCCCAGAUUCUAAUUGAUCACUUGUAAAAUGAACUCUUGUGUUCAACUUCAUACAUUUCUAUAUUUCUAUUGUAAUUGAAAAAAAGUUCCUGUUCUUUGGGUACUUGGAGUUUAUCAUGUAAUAUAAUGUAAUUUUCAUUUGUUUUUUUGAAAU